UGAGCCCUACGGGAGCCGGGGUGGGCCAGAAAGAGCCCGGUUCGUCGCCGCUUGGCCGGGAGCGAAUGAAUGGGCGCUGAGCUGGGGGCUUGCCCGCUCUCGGGACCGAUCUUAGGCGUGUGAGCGGCCGCAGCAUGGAGGACGACGCGCCGGUGAUCUAUGGGCUGGAGUUCCAGGCACGUGCUCUUACACCUCAGACUGCAGAAACAGAUGCCAUUCGAUUUUUGGUUGGGACGCAGUCUCUUAAAUAUGAUAAUCAGAUCCACAUCAUAGACUUUGACGACGAAAAUAACAUUAUAAAUAAAAAUGUCCUCCUCCAUCAAGUGGGUGAAAUCUGGCACAUCAGUGCCAGUCCUGCAGACAAAGGUGUGCUGGCCACCUGCUACAAUAAAACUUCAGACAGCAAAGUCCUGACAUGUGCAGCCGUGUGGAGGAUGCCGAAGGAAGUGGAACCAGGGAGCCACGAGUCCCCUGACGACGCGUCCAGCACUGCGCACACCCUGGAGCUGCUCUGUCACCUUGACAACACAGCCCACGGCAGCAUGGCCUGUGUCGUGUGGGAGCCCACGGGAGAUGGGAAGAAAGUCAUCUCACUGGCGGACAACCACAUUCUGCUGUGGGAUCUGCAGGAGAGCUCCAGCCAGGCCGUGCUGGCCAGUUCAGCGUCGCUGGAAGGGAAGGGCCAGCUGAAGUUCACCUCAGGACGCUGGAGCCCGCAUCACAACUGCACCCAGGUGGCCACAGCAAACGACACGGCCGUCCGAGGGUGGGACACACGGAGCAUGAGCCAGAUAUACUGCAUAGAGAACGCCCACGGACAGCUGGUGCGGGACCUCGACUUCAACCCCAACAAGCAGUACUACUUAGCUAGCUGUGGGGAUGACUGCAAGGUGAAGUUCUGGGACACUCGGAAUGUCACUGAGCCUGUGAAGACCCUGGAGGAGCAUUCCCACUGGGUGUGGAAUGUCCGCUACAACCACUCACACGACCAGCUCGUCCUCACGGGCAGCAGUGACAGCAGGGUCAUCCUCUCCAACAUGGUGUCCAUCUCCUCCGAGCCCUUUGGCCAUCUGGUGGACGACGAUGACCUGAGUGACCAGGAGGAGCGCCGUCCAGAGGACAAGAGUCAGGAGCCCCCACAGGACAGCGUCAUCGCGACCUACGAGGAGCACGAGGACAGCGUGUACGCCGUGGACUGGUCCUCGGCUGACCCCUGGCUGUUCGCCUCUCUGAGUUACGACGGGAGGCUGGUCAUCAACAGGGUGCCCCGGGCGCUGAAGUAUCACAUACUGCUCUGACCCAUCCUGACUCCUCCUC